AUGUCACUAGUAGAUUUGGGAAAGAAACUUUUAGAAGCUGCACGAGCAGGUCAAGAUGACGAAGUUCGUAUUUUGAUGGCAAAUGGAGCACCUUUUACCACAGACUGGUUGGGAACAUCUCCACUUCAUCUAGCGGCACAGUAUGGACACUACUCAACAACAGAAGUGUUGCUGCGAGCAGGUGUAAGUCGGGAUGCCAGAACCAAAGUGGACAGGACUCCGUUACAUAUGGCAGCAUCAGAAGGCCAUGCCAGCAUAGUAGAAGUCUUACUUAAGCACGGUGCUGAUGUCAACGCGAAGGACAUGCUCAAAAUGACUGCACUUCACUGGGCUACUGAACAUAACCACCAAGAAGUUGUAGAACUGUUAAUAAAGUAUGGAGCAGAUGUUCAUGCUCAGAGUAAAUUUUGCAAAACGGCAUUAGAUAUUGCAGUAGACAACGGAAAUGAGGACCUUGCAGAAAUAUUACAGAUUGCAAUGCAGAACCAAAUCAAUACGAAUCCAGAGAGUCCGGACACUGUGACAAUACAUGCAGCGACACCGCAGUUCAUCAUUGGACCUGGAGGGGUGGUGAACCUAACAGAUGAAACAGGAGUGUCUGCUGUACAGUUUGGGAAUUCAUCAACGUCAGUAUUAGCCACGUUGGCAGCUUUAGCAGAAGCAUCAGCUCCACUGUCUAAUUCUUCGGAAACACCAGGUUAG